CUGUCAAAGUAGUGAGUGUUGUAUUCAUGUUAUAUUACUUGUAUUUAUUUUUCAUCCAGCGUAGAUUGUUUGCCUGCUUAUCUUUAAACUUUAAAUCCGUCAACAGAUUUAGAACAAAAAAAGUAUUGCCUCCUACCGUUUCUUUAUGUGAAAGCGUAAUUCUUGGUUAUUAUUGGCUAGUGUACUAAACCCACCAUGGCUCUAACAAACGUGGUGCUGGUGAGCCAGAUCGCAGGAUAUUUCGUCGGAUUGAUCCUGUCUCUGUGCAUCAUGGUGCCGAUGAGCAUGCACGUUCACGAGUUCAGAGGUCAUUGCCUGCUCUUCUCUGGAGGUGAAUGGCAAGAGACGGACGGGCAGUUCAACGUCCAGUGGGCGUCCAUGGCAUACUGUAACUAUGUCAUCGCCAUUGGAGUGCUGUUGUUUGUUGUGUGUCUGGUGCAGAUAUACAGAUUAUCCAUGCUGCUGUACCGUGAUAAGGACAGCUCGUUCUUUUCGGCCUUCCUGGAGGCUACCGGCUGUGCGCUACUCUGCGCGUUGGUCGUGUGCGCCGCCGUCACCGUCACGCUGGGCUUCAUGACCUGGUGCCGCAACAUUACUGAUCGCUUCCCCAGUUGUGACGUCGCGGCGGGACAGGACAUCGAUAAAAAGGACAACAUAUCCACGAACAAUUUUUACAUGGAGAUUGGAACUGCACAGUUCGGCGCGUGGGGCGCGUUCGCGACGUGCGUGGGCCUGGCCGUGUUCUCCACGCUGAAGCUGUGCCGCUACCACCAGCUCGAGAACAUCCGCGUGUCCAUGUACCGCGAGAGGCAACGCCUCGUCAACGAGUCCCCGGCCACCAGCACGCCGCCCAUGGAGGCGAGGAGGGCGCAUCAGACCAGUCCGCAAGACAUUGAGGAAGAUCGCUAGGGUAAAUAGGUAUUAAGGACUGCUAAACAACAUAACCUAUAACCUAAAGGGUAUAAUUUUCUGGCGUUUUGGUUCUAAAAACAGACAUCAAUUUACGAAAAUGUAUAGCAGCAUGAAAGUGUUUCUUGUGGGUCCUAAUGAUUCGUUGAAUGGAUUACAACAUUUUGAACAUAUUGGGGCGUUCUUUAGGCCAAAUGGAAAUAACUACAACCCAUAAUGCCCUGUAGUAUUAUUGCUACUACUAGCUACAACAUCCAUCCAUCUGUUGAGAAAGUCCACUAAGGUAUAAGCCCUGUUAAUGAACAUUAAUACAACUAUAUUCAAUUUUUUUUAACUAUAAUUUUAUAUGUUGGGCAUA